CAAAUGGCAGUACACGCACACAGUUGUGUAAAUCUUAGCUAGAGAGAUUGCCAGAGUUCGCUUACGUGCCAUAGAAUUUAAUGAUGCAACGGCAUUCUGAUUUGUUUACAUAGCGCACGUCAGCUGUUGUCUGUCCGUGUGUGUGGGUGCGGUUGUGUAUGUGUGUCGGAAUACUUGGAAGCGAAUUUUAUCACUAGCGGAAAGAAAAAAUUCCACAUAAUUAUUUUGCUGAAGCCGCAGUUUACACAAAGAAGCAGAGCGACGAAGACGUGGCCCCAAGAGAGAGAGAAAUAAUAAUUAAAGAGAUAAUUGAAUAACUAUUAAUUACAAUGUGCGGAAUCUUCGCCUAUCUGAAUUAUCUGACGCCCAAGUCGCGUCAGCAGGUGCUGGAACUUCUGGUCAAUGGACUGAAGCGUCUCGAGUAUCGUGGCUAUGACUCAACCGGACUGGCAAUCGAUGCACCCUGUGAUUCCGAUUCCGAGGAUAACGGUAAUGAGAUACUCAUGGUGAAGCGCACGGGCAAAGUGAAGGUGCUGGAGGAUGCGAUUGGGGAGGUGUGUCUGGGAGAGGGAUACUCCCAGCCGGUGGACAUUCACAUUGGCAUUGCGCAUACGCGCUGGGCGACACAUGGAGUUCCCUCGGAGGUGAACUCGCAUCCGCAGCGAUCGGAUGUGGAGAACAGCUUUGUGGUGGUGCACAAUGGCAUCAUAACGAACUACAAGGAUGUGAAGACGCUGCUGGAGAAGCGGGGCUAUGUCUUUGAGUCCGACACGGACACGGAGGUCAUAGCCAAGCUGGUGCAUCAUCUGUGGCAGUCGCAUCCGGGCUACACCUUUGGCGAACUGGUCGAGCAGGCCAUCCAGCAGAUCGAGGGCGCCUUUGCCAUUGCUUUAAAGUCCAAGCACUUUCCCGGCGAGUGCGUCGCCUCGCGUCGUGGCUCCCCGCUCCUCGUGGGCAUCAAGGCCAAGACAAAGCUGGCCACGGAUCAUGUGCCCAUACUGUACACCAAGGCGCAUCGUCCACAUGGUCAGCCGCAGUUCCAGAUGCUGCCCAGCGGCGGCGGAGCACGGAAUGUGGAUGUCAGCGCCGAGUUCCAGCCGCUGGAGCACAAGGAGGUGGAGUACUUCUUUGCCUCGGAUGCCUCGGCGGUGAUUGAGCACACGAAUCGGGUCAUCUACCUGGAGGAUGACGAUGUGGCUGCCGUUAAACACGAUGGCACUUUGAGCAUUCAUCGUCUGAACAAAUCCUUGGAUGAUCCGCAUGCUCGGGAGAUCUGUACACUCAAGAUGGAGAUUCAGCAGAUCAUGAAGGGCAACUACGAUUACUUUAUGCUCAAGGAGAUCUUCGAGCAGCCGGAAUCCGUGGUAAAUACGAUGCGUGGACGCGUCCGCUUCGACACGCAGACCAUAGUGCUGGGCGGGAUUAAGGAGUACAUACCGGAGAUCAAGCGUUGCCGGCGUCUCAUGCUGAUUGCCUGUGGCACCUCCUAUCACAGUGCGGUGGCCACACGCCAGCUGCUCGAGGAGCUGACGGAGCUGCCCGUCAUGGUGGAGCUGGCCUCCGAUUUUCUGGACCGGAACACGCCCAUUUACCGGGACGACGUCUGCUUCUUCAUCUCGCAAUCGGGCGAGACGGCGGACACCUUGAUGGCCCUGAGGUACUGCAAGCAGCGAGGAGCUCUCAUCGUGGGCAUCACCAACACCGUGGGCAGCAGCAUCUGCCGGGAGUCGCACUGUGGCGUCCACAUCAACGCCGGACCGGAAAUCGGCGUGGCAUCCACCAAAGCCUACACCUCACAGUUCAUAUCGCUGGUGAUGUUCGCGUUGGUCAUGUCCGAGGAUCGUCUGUCGCUGCAGCAGCGUCGCCUCGAGAUCAUCAACGGUUUGUCGCAGCUGGACACGCACAUCCGGACGGUGCUGCAGCUGAACUCGCAGGUGCAGCAGCUGGCCAAGGAGCUGUAUCAGCACAAGUCGCUGCUGAUCAUGGGACGUGGCUUCAACUUUGCCACCUGCUUGGAGGGAGCACUAAAGGUCAAGGAACUGACCUAUAUGCACAGCGAGGGAAUCCUCGCCGGAGAACUUAAGCACGGUCCUUUGGCCCUGGUGGAUGAUGAGAUGCCCGUGCUGAUGAUCGUGCUAAGGGAUCCGGUUUAUACCAAGUGCAUGAACGCACUGCAGCAGGUCACAUCCCGCCGGGGUCGUCCCAUUCUCAUCUGCGAGGAGGGCGACUCCGAGACGAUGUCGUUCUCCACGCGUUCGCUGCAGAUACCGCGCACUGUCGACUGCCUGCAGGGUAUACUCACUGUCAUCCCCCUGCAGCUGCUGUCCUAUCACAUUGCCGUGCUCCGUGGCUGUGACGUCGAUUGUCCCCGGAAUUUGGCCAAGUCCGUAACCGUUGAGUAGGUGGAUACCCUUACCGGUGAAUCCCCUUGCCGCGCCAUAAGAAGAAUUCCAUUUUACUGACCGCUAUAAACCAGAGCGAUAUGCUUUAUGUAUUUUAUUAAAAUAUAUUUAGCCUUAAGUUGAACAAUUUGUUUAUUAUCCAUGUAACCCUUCAAGUAGCCAUUGCAUUUCUUAGAAUAUUGUGCUGUCAAAAGUUAAUUUCGUGUGUUGUGCAAUUAAAGUUAUAAAUGUAUUUCUAUUCCCAA